UUUUCUCAGUUUUGUUGAUUGAAUUAAUGUGAUAUCUUUUCUUCUUCUCGUUAUGCUACGAUUAGGGAGUAGUCACGACGAAAAUGAAGAGAAGAUAUCUAUAAUAACUAUAUAGUCUAUUUAUACAAGGAUUAUAAAGAUAAGCAUGGAUGCAAGUCAUGAUCAAAAUCUUUUGUGUAAGAUUGUGAAAAUUUGGUUCAAGACUUGUGUAAUUUGUUGUAUAAAAUACCCAAUUCCAAUAAGCACAUUUUUCUUUUUCUUGGUUUCAUAUCUGUUCUUUCCUAGAGUUUUAACAAUUUUAAUCUAUGGUUUCCUUCUAGCUGGAUUUUCAUUUCUUGUUCAUAAAGUUUUAUUGGAUAUUGAUCGACAAAAGAUUAAACGGGUAGAAGAAGAUGAUAGGAGAAGAAAGUUUGCCAAGUCUCGUAGGAGUUUCAAAUCUGCUUAUGGUGAUCGUAGUCAGCUUAUUCGAAGAAACACAAUAAAGAGAAGUGAUAAUGAUACCACAACGAAUGUUGAGGAAAAGGAUGAUUUUUUCUCAAAGACUUUAAAUGAUCUUUUGUUUGAGGGAAAGCCAAAAGAGAUAGCAGAGGUGGAUGUUAACUCUUUUUUUGGCAGAGGCGAUUUUUCUUCUUCAAAUGAUCAUUCCCAUUAUUUGAGACCUAACGUUUAUGUUAAUACUGAUGGAAAUCGUAAGGAUGUAUUGAAAAGAGAAGGUUUGGAUAAAUCUGAUGAAGAUAACGAGCGGCACGAUAAGGCUGUAAGAUGGACAGAAAAUGAUCAAAAGAAUGUGAUGGAUCUUGGGGUUUCCGAAUCUGAAACAAACAAGAGGCUAGAGAGUCUAAUGGAGAGAAGAAAAUCGAGAAAAGAUUUAGGAUUUCAGGAAGCAGGGGAAAUGGGCAAUAAUAAUGUUCAAGUUUCUGCCAUAAAAACCACCAGAGUAAACCCGUUUCUUGAAGAUAAUUCGUGUAGUAAGAAAUCUCCCGGUUCAGCUCCAUCUUCUUUCCUAGUGAUUCAGAAUCCAUUUGACAUUCCGUAUGAUCCUCAUGAAGAAAAGCCGGAUCUUAGUGGAGAUAAUUUUCAUGAAGAGUUCACGGUUGGUCACCAGAAAGAACAGAUAUAUUGUAGGCACCAAAGCUUCAGUUUAGGUGAAUACAAGCAUACUAAUCAAGAUAGUCCGAUUUCAGAUGAUAAAAGUCGCAGUAAUCAUCCAAAAGAACAUGAUGAAACCGAAAAAAGAACAGAUGAAUAUGAUGUGCCUCUACAUGCUUCUAACGCUAUAGAAAGUGAUUUACAAAGAAAUUCUGAUUCAACAAUGUCAGAAGAGCGCAAAGCUGAUAUUGUUUUCUUCUAUGGGACAAAUAAGCGAUUAGGCCAUGUUCCAAGUAGUUCUGGUAUUUCUGAUUUGCAGGUUGAGCUUUCAGACGAAGGAUCCGCGCCUACGUUAGAUGAGCUGGACAUAGAAAAAGCUAAAGAAAGUGGGCUAAACUCAUCAAACCAAUCUGAAGCAGAUGUAGAAAUUGUUAGAGAAGGUGGAGAAAUUAGCUCAACUAAUCAAUCUAACAUAGAUCAAGGUAUGACAGACGAACAACGUGUUUCUGAUAUGGAAAAUAACCCAUCUCCAAUACAUUCAGACAUGCUACAAAGCAACAACCACGUAAACGAAUCAUUUGGGCCUGGUCAGAGCUCUGUAGUUCAGGCUGCAGUACCAAAUGGGCUGGAGAAUUAGCCAUAGGACCAGCUAGCUUGCUCCUGUUACCUCAAGCGCUCCCAACUGAGGAUCUGAACUAUCGUCAAUCAUAGAAUACAAAUGAAGAGUGGAGAAAAAUUUUCUAUGCUCACUGAUUCAAGCAGAUAGAGUUAUAGAUAACUACUCUUCAAGAGUUAUGGUCAAAGCGAGUACUGGAUAUACUUCAAAUGAUCAAAUCUAUGUACAGAUGCCAUCCUAUUUCAACAUGAAGACGCGAUUGCAUGUAGCGACACAAUAGGCCUGGAGCUCAUCAUAACAAAGUGAUGUUAGAGUCUAGUUUAGCAUAUCUUAAUCCAGGGUUCAGCCCUUUUCAUUAUUUGUUCAGAUAGAAUAAUUCGUUUGA